AAAUAAAAUAAUUCAAUAGUGAUAAUUGGAAGAAAUAUAAUAAAAUAAUCAAUAAAAAAUUUACAAUGCGUGUUUCACUUUAAUCUUUAGUAAAGUGUUUACAAAAUAACUAACUCUUACUUUAAAAAUCAAAUAAAAAAUAUUUAUUUGUUAAUAACAAUUUUGUUCGUUUUAUUAAAGUUAAAUGUUUGCUAUUGUUGUCAUUUUUGGAUAAAUCGUUGCAAGUGUGCAAUGUGCUAAAGUAAGGAAAUUCGUAAAUACUCGUUACGUUCUUGUUUGCGAUUUUUAAGUAUUAACUAACGAUUCACGAUUGCUGUUGUUUUCUGUUUUAUGCACGCGCACACACAUAGGACUUUGUUGAUGUAUCGUGUUUCACAUUUGCCGGACUUCCUAUCUACAAUUUCUACACUUUAAGUUACGUGUUAACUAUAAAAAGAAGUGAAUGUUUUUACAAAAUAUAAUCAUAAAACUUAUAGUAAAAAAAAAAAAAACAAGAACACAAUAAAAAUGUAUAUUAAAAUUAAAAGUGAGAGAAAAUAAAAUGAAAGAAACAAAACGAAUUAACAUAUAUUCUAACGUACAAAGCAAUGUUUAAAAGCAAUUUAAGUUAGUCUUCAUCAUUCAUUUUUUUUUUUUUCUUUUUUUGCACAAACCAAAACUGUAAAGAAAGUUUGAAAUCAUUUAAAACUUUUACGACACAUCUUUAGAGAAAUAUAAGGGAAUAAAAGUAAACUUUUACGUAUAUACGUUUGAAAAGUACUUUGCACACACAUACAUGCAUUCAUAUCUUUAUUCGCACUUAUGAUGCAUGCGGCUGGCUUGGGGAAUCGGAAAAAGAAAAAGAGGGAUUUAAUACCUUAGAAAUCAUUCAAAGCCUAAUAAAACUACUUCAUAAAUCAAGCAAGAGAGUAAAGUAAUCGACUCAAAGAAAUUGAAGGAUUUACAACUUUCUUCAACUGAAUUACAGAUGUUUUCUUCAUUAUAUUCUUGUUCUGACAAAUGAGAAACUCGAACGAAGAAAAGAAGCUUCCAGUUGAAAAUAAUUGAAUUAAGACGUGAAGUGGAACAGAAGAGAAGAGUAAAUACAUGAGAAAUGUUCUAUAAAUUGUUUUUUUUUUUUUUUUUUUUCUUAUAUACAUAUAAAUAUAUAUAAAAUUACUCUCGUAUGAAAUCAAACUGAAAUAGUGACUAAAUUUAUUAUUAAAAGGAAAGAGAGAGAGAGUGAGUGCAGAAUAAUAAAAUGAAGUGCUAUAAAUGUCAACACUUAAUGCCAACAACGUGCUGUAGUUUAACCAUAGCAAGAAGAAACAAAAUCAAGACCAGAACUAAAUGCAGAGCCAAAACGAGAACGAGAACAACAUCAACAGCUAACGUUCGUGUUGCAGUCAGUCUAACAACGACCACCAGUAUAUUUAUGACUCUAUUAUUUCUAUUGUCAUGCUCGAGAAACGUAACAUUAGCCCGAUUGCAUUCCUCCUCUUCAACGUCUACGGUAGCCUUGCACGGCAUGAAUAGCGUUGGUAACGGCCCCGUAGUAGGUGUUGGCAACUCAUUAACCACUAAAGAUGCACACGUGAAGACAAAAGAUAUUGAUGCUGUCGAGGGCAAAUCUGUGUCACUACCAUGUCCCAUAUCGGCGCCGUUGGAUGAUGUUUAUAUGGUAUUGUGGUUUCGUGAUAAUGCCGGUAUACCAUUAUAUAGUUUUGAUGUGCGAGAUAAAAUGAACAGCGACCAAGCGCGGCAUUGGUCAGCACCAGAAGUGUUUGGAUCUCGUGCCAAAUUCCAUUUCGAUUCGCAGCCAGCCACACUGGAAAUUAAGGAUAUCAAACGUCAUGAUCAGGGGAUUUAUCGUUGCCGCAUUGAUUUUCGUACAAGUCAAACACAAAGCUUCCGUUUCAAUUUAUCUGUCAUAAUUCUUCCAGAGCAGCCCAUUAUAUUGGAUAGGUGGGGUCGUCAAUUAAAUGGUACAAAACUUGGGCCAAAACAGGAAGGCGAUGAUAUUGUUAUAACGUGUCGUGUGGUAGGAGGACGCCCUCAACCACAAGUGCGAUGGCUUGUAAAUGGACUUUUAGUCGACAAUCAAUACGAACACAAUUCCGGUGAUGUUAUUGAGAAUCGUUUGCUAUGGCCAUCGGUUCAACGUACUGAUUUAAAUUCGGUAUUCACAUGCCAGGCACUGAAUACGCAAUUAGAUAAACCCAAAGAGAAAAGUUUCAUAUUGGAUAUGCAUUUAAAACCGCUUGAAGUGAAAAUAAUUGAACCACCCAGCUCGAUGGUUGCCGAUAGACGUUAUGAAGUUACAUGUGAAUCAACGGGUUCUCGACCCAAUGCCAUUAUUACCUGGUAUAAAGGCAAACGUCAAUUGCGACGCACUAAAGAUGAAAUAUCGAAUAAUACCACGCGAUCCGAGUUAAGUUUUGUACCAACGACAGAUGAUGAUGGCAAAUCGAUAACUUGUCGAGCUGAAAAUCCGAAUGUUAACGGCUUAUAUUUAGAGACCAUGUGGAAAUUAAACGUAGUAUAUCCACCUUUAGUUACCCUACGUUUAGGCUCGACAUUAUCCCCGGACGAUAUUAAAGAAGGCGAUGAUGUGUAUUUUGAAUGUCAUGUACAAUCAAAUCCUCAAUGGCGGAAACUCUUAUGGUUACAUAAUGGUAUUCACCUGGAGCAUAACACAUCAGCGCGCGUAAUACGUUCUAAUCAGAGUUUGGUGUUGCAAAAAAUAACGAAACACUAUGCAGGAAAUUAUGCAUGCAGCGCCAUAAAUGAUGAAGGAGAAACUGUCAGCAACCAACUGCCGUUACGUGUUAAAUACACACCAAUUUGCAAACAUUUAGAUCGUGUCAUCUUAAUUGGUGCCUCAAAGGAUGAAACUGUCGAAGUUGCGUGUGAAAUUCAAGCGGAUCCACCACCCAGAACAUUUCGUUGGAAGUUCAAUAACUCUGGUGAAACCUUAGAUGUGGGCAGCGAACGUUUUAGUGUAAAUGGUAGUCGUAGUAUUUUGAAAUAUACGCCGGUAACAGAUCAAGACUAUGGCACGUUAUCAUGUUGGGCGUCAAAUGAAGUGGGAACGCAAAAUCAACCGUGUCUCUUUCAAGUAGUUCUAGCAGCUUUACCAAAUGCCGUUAGUAAUUGCACAAUCUUCAAUCGUACGGAGUUAAGUGUUGAUAUACAAUGCAUACCUGGCUAUGAUGGCGGUCUACCGCAAAUAUUUGUUUUAGAAAUGUUUUCAACCCGCUCUGGCAUCACCAGAUUUAAUAUAACGAACACUGAGGAGCCUCAAUUCUCUUUGGAAAAUUUAGAUACAUUAACUUCAAUAAUGACGCAAGAAAAUAAUUCAUUAAAAUUGCGAAUUUAUGCAUUUAAUCAAAAAGGACGUAGUGCAUCUUACUCACUGCCUGAUUUUAGUAUUGGUUCGACGGCAUUUCGUACGGACGAUGACGUUUCAUUGACAUUAUCCCCUGUCAUUGUCGGGAGUGUUUUAACAAUUGUAAUUAUUAGUUUGGCCGUCGCUCUAAAGAUAUUCAUGAUGACAUUUUUACACAAUUUGCGACGCAAUCGUCAACAUGGCACCAAAGCAACCGCUACAGCAGUAGUGACACAAACUGGUGAUGUUUACAAGGGUGGUGUUGGUAUUGAAAAACCAAGAUGGCAACAUACUGAUAUUAAAUCAAAGUCAUCAGAAGACUUAGUCGAAGAUGAACGUGAUCCUGACGUUAUCCCAUCACAGUAUGGUAAGCUCUUUUAAUUUGUUGGCCAUAUUCUAGCACAGAACUGCAUACAUUUUUUGUCUUGCCUUGCGUACCGAAUUAUUAUUAAUUAAUAAUGGCAUUAAAAUAAUGAAGAAAACAAGAAAAUGAAAUCGGGAAACUAUCCCAAACAGAGAGAGAGAGAGAGCAAGAGAGACGAUGUUCGAGUAUUUUGUAAUAGCGUUCAUUGAAUUGUCUCCAACAGCUUAUUGGUUUUGUUUUUCGUAUUUGCUUUAUAGCUUAAUGAAUGGAAGCAAACCUUUUUGUUAAUACAAAGUAUAAGAGAAAAUCCGAAUCAAUAUUCUUGAACACCAUCAUGUAAUGUAUGAUGACUUCAAAAGUUCGUAGGUGUGAUUCUUGAAUAGCAGAACCUGUCAACAUUUCAUUUCUACCAUUAAUUUACAACCUAUUGCUACACGUAAGCUACACACGAAUAUCAGAUUUCCCCAUUGUUUUACAAGAACAAAAGGGGUUUUACGAGACCUACCGAGUACCUACGGAUUCUUUACUUGAUUGUGAAAGCAGUGUCGACAUCUUUUGUAUUUUGCACCGAUGGUAGCAUACACUCUACACAAGUUUUUUAAAACGCUUACUUUUUGUAUAUAUGGGGAUAUUAAAUCUUUCCCCUAGUACACGAACAGAGUCCAUUCUGUAAGUAAUUAAAGUACUUAAGUGCAUUUUAUUGUAGUUUAUAUUUGUGCGGGGGCCGAGGAUAAAUUAUGAUAACUGAAAGAGAAGCAUUCGCAAUUUAUGUCUCUGUCAUUUUAAUGAACGCAAGACUCCAGAUCAAUUUCUAUUUAUUUGUCCAUUCAGGCCGCAAUACAUGAUACCGUGAUACAUAAUAAAUAUCUCUCUAAAAAGGUAUAUGCUAAUGUAUUUAUUGAGCUGCCACAACGGUUCAAGCAAGCGUGUGAAAAAUACAGAUCAAAAUUCAUCUCAG